GACUCCAGUGUGUAACGUGGUAUGAAUUUAAGAUUUCUCUUGUGUGUCGGUACAGAGAUGCAGACGGAGCGUGCAAAGAGGAUGGACUCUGCAGGAGAAGAAGCGUCCCUGAAUUCACCUGAGCUGCCCUGGAACCAGCUGUAUUUGAAAAGAAGGACCGAGUCCAGGAUCCAGUUAAGGAGGAGAGUGUGCUUCACUGGCCCUGCUGCUGCUGCUGUUACCGGGGUAUUGGCAAUCCUCAUACUGGCUGCUGGCAGUGUGAGCAGCGACAGUGAGUUUGUGAAAGUCUUGCGCUCAGUGAAGUGUACGGAGGGGCAGGACUGUAUCCUGAGCUGCACCUUCUACUACACAACUGGACACUGGGAUGAGAGGUCAGGUGUGAUCUGGAGACAAGCAGAAACGGGGCGCAUUGUUCACAGUUACCAUGACAACACAGACCAGCUUGCCGAUCAGCUCCCUCAGUAUGUGAGCAGGACCGUCCUGUUUGAUUCUGAGCUGCAGCGCGGGAACGCUUCACUGCUGCUGAGGAGAGUCACGGAGGAAGAUGCUGGAGAAUACAAGUGCUCUGUUUACACUCUUAGACUGUACGGGUCGGGCCUGACUGAGGUAGUCGUGGUUCCGGCUCCACCCACAACAGCACCAGCUCAUGUGACAGUCCCGAGCUCUGACCGACACGCCUGGUGGGUUUCAGGAGCAGUUCUUCUUUGUGUGAUUGCAGGGCUCUGUGUCGGUCUGUGGCUCUAUAAAAAACAUGCAGGUCACAGCUGGAAGUCCAGCAAGGCUUCUAGUCCAGCACAGGCAGUGCCGUUAUCAGACGUGAUCGAGGAGCCCAGUGAAGUCAGACCACUCCCCUGCACUGCUCAAUUUACCCAGUUUAAUACAAGCUCCCAAAACGAAAUACAGUGUAACCCCGUUAAUGUCCCCUUGGUUAAUAUCCCAACCCGCUUAUUAUCAUGGUUUUUUUAAAACCACUUGCCACUCCCCAUAGGUUUCUAUGUUAAAUUAACUCUUUUAAUAUCACUAGGAACCCCGCUUAUUAUCCCCUUUUUGAGUCGUCUACCAAAGCUGUGCAGAUGAGGAGUACUGUUUUAAAUAAAUUAUUUAACCAAUGAUACUAUCCCUAGAUUAUUAAACUCUGUGUAAACACUAUCACAAGCGGUACUGGAAGGACGUUACUUCAGAAAGUCACACACCUUCAAAAUGUUGGUUAAACUGGCUUUGGUUACAUAACUAGCCUGAUGUACUGUACGUAGCUCACUACAAGCAAAAACACCUGCUCGAAAAAGAAAAGAUCUGACAGACACUCAGAAACAGCAAACAGGAAACUGUAUGUCUCUGUGAAGGAACACCAAAGAUUUCACAUCAAAACAUUGCAUAACAAUUCAGAAUUGAUCAGUCCACUCUUAAUAAACUCUACCGAAACCGGGAGCUGGCUUUGCUGUGCCUGAUUUCAUUAGAUUGUACACACGGCGUUGUUUGAGUUGUUAGUUACAGUAAUUAUGUUGCGUUACAGCAAUAAACUUAAGCUUAUGGUAGUGUUUUAGUGGACUGGUUUCCCCCUGCACUGAUAGCAUGUCAGCUAGCUAAUUAAAGUAUGCAGCAAUUGUUCACGUUUGUUUGAGCUAUCUAGACAAAUAAUUAAUUUCUGCUAUUGUCUAAUUAAACCUAUUUGAUGUUACACUACUGUAACAUUAGUACAAUAUUGUAAUACAAGACUACAGAUAUGGAUUAUCCCCAAAUAACUCUGUAUGGUAAUGGGGAUAUUAAACGGGUUACACUGUAUAUACAGAGUAUUUCAUUGGAUUAUUUCUGCAGUUUUGCUUGUCUACCUUUAUUUUAUAUUGGUAUUUGAGUGCAAAAAAAUAUAUGGCAGCGUACAUGGAUUGUUAGAAGAGGAGCGCUGAAGAGUUUGAGCCGUGUUCGGAGGAUUUCUGAAAGCAGCGACAGCACUUGGAGUAUCUUUUACAGUGCUGGGACAAAAUACUGUGAAGCCAGAAAUACUUGAAACCAGUAUUUUCAAUCUACUGCUCGGGAGGAAAAUAAAACAAAACACAACUCUGGAAAGAAAUCUAUAUAAAACAUCAGAAUCAAUUCUACAAUCAUCUCCUUUAGCGGAGUUUGAAAUUCACCUUUGUGAAUAUUAAUAGAGAUUUAUUGAAGUCUUUAUAUCCAGGCUGUGGAUUCCUGGCCACUGUCUCACCAAGCUGUUCCUGCUUCACCCUGGGAUUGAGAAGGAUCAUUUCUCCGAGCUGCCUUUCCAUUUGGAAAUGGUUUUUGUUGGAAGGAUUUUUCCAAACCCAGGUGGUUCUGCGGCUGCACCGCUUCCUGAACGCUGGGGGAGAUUAAGACAAUUCACUCAUUUUACUUGUGCUGGAUUCAUUUUGUUCAGCUUUUAUAUAUAUAUAUAUAUAUAUAUAUACAUAUAUAUCUCUGUGUGUAUUUUUCCUUAAUCACCUGGAUUGUGUACUUAUGCUUGUUCUGUUGUGUGUGUGUGUGUGUGUGUAUAUAUUUCUGUGUGGAUAGAUGCUUGUUCUGUUGUGUAUAUAUAUUUCUGUGUGGAUAGACGCUUGUUCUGUUGUGUAUAUAUAUUUCUGUGUGGAUAGACGCUUGUUCUGUUGUGUGUAUAUUUCUGUGUGGAUAGACGCUUGUUCUGUUGUGUGUAUAUAUUUCUGUGUGGAUAGACGCUUGUUCUGUUGUGUGUAUAUAUUUCUGUGUGGAUAGAUGCUUGUUCUGUUGUGUGUAUAUAUUUCUGUGUGGAUAGACGCUUGUUCUGUUGUGUGUGUAUAUAUUUCUGUGUGGAUAGAUGCUUGUUCUGUUGUGUGUAUAUAUUUCUGUGUGGAUAGAUGCUUGUUCUGUUGUGUGUAUAUAUUUCUGUGUGGAUAGACGCUUGUUCUGUUGUGUGUGUAUAUAUUUCUGUGUGGAUAUACGCUUGUUCUGUUGUGUAGUUUUACACAAAUAGUUUAGUCCAGGGGACACUUUGGACUCUUUGGCAAUGAAGGACUGAAAUGGAUCUGUCUUGUAUUUGUUGGGUCAAUUGAACUGAUUCGUGUAUCUGUGAUUAUUGGAUGUGGUUUAUAUUUGAAAGCAAUUGUGAAUUGAAUUCUGAUUCUUCUAAUUGUUUCUUCUGUCUCCUUGUCUUUCCCAUUGCUGUGCUAUUGUUAUCGUUUCCCAAUGUUUCUAUCCUGUGUUUGUUGAUUUACCUCAAAGCAUGUUUAUUGUAAUGAUGGUGACUUUCCCAGCGUUUAUUGCUUGGAUCUGGCACUCGGCUCACUUACCUUUUUUAUACCUGUCUUAUUGCUGCUGGGAAUAGAAUUCCAAUCCGGUAAUUCCAAUCAUGUUUAUUAUCCUCUAGAGUCACAAUCUUUCACAACAGAAAUACAACAUUAUAUACUGUAUGUGUUUUACCUUUUACAAAAGAAAGAUUACUUUCUAUGUGUAGAAAUCUUGAAUUUCUGUUGAUAUAAAGUGUUUAUUUUACUGUGUACAUUUUGCUAACUAUGUUUUGUUCAUACAACAAUAAAAUGGAAAAAGAUAGCGUUUCUCUCUGUCUUGCUUUAUUGAAUAUGACUAUCCAGCACACAGGAGCCUAAAGGGUUAAUAAAAAUGUUAGAAAUGCAUUGACUUUUUUUUCCAAAUAUUAUUUCAUACCAAUUUCAGCGGUAAAAUUAUCAAUUACAAUAAUGUCUAAAUCUGGUACCUGGAGUGCACAUUCAUUUUGAAUCUGGAUUUGAAGAAGUUAACUCAGACACUGGCACACAGAUACAGCAGUUACUAAACAUGACAUUAACUCAGACACUGGCACACAGAUACAGCAGUUAUUAAACAUGACAUUAACUCAGACACUGACACACAGAUACAGCAGUUAUGAAACAUGACAUUAACUCAGACACUGGCACACAGAUACAGCAGUUAUGAAACAUGAUAUUAACUCAGACACUGGCACACAAUAGAGUUAAUAUAACAAUGUAUAUCUUCUGUAACAAGAUUUCAUUUUGUAACACAACACACUGUGGAAACAUGCAAGCUGUUUAUUUUUAUAUUAUGUGUUAUUACAGUAUUAUUGGUUUUGUUUUUCUUUGAAUAAAAUAUAAAAAAUAAAUAAAUAAAAAUGUUCAUAAGGAGCUGUGGGAGGGAGGUGAAAUUCACUGGACACCAGCAGGGGUGUACUUUAAUAAUUCGGCCACAAGGUGGCACUGCACUGCUGGCUAACUCGGAUACCAACAAUGGUAAACAUAAGAACAUAAGAAAGUUUACAAACGAGAGGAGGUCAUUCACCCAUCUUGCUCGUUUGGUUGUUAUUAUUAUUAUUACUUAUUUAUUAGCAGACGCCCUUAUCCAGGGCGACUUACAAUCGUAAGCAAAUACAUUUCAAGUGUUACAAUACAAGUAAUACAAUAAGAGCAAGAAAUACAAUAACUUUUGUUCAAGCAAAGUACAAGUGUGACAAAACACAAUUCAAUAAUACAGCAGAUAAUAGUGAUAGUUACAUCAGGAUAUGAUUAAAUAGUGAUAGUUACAUCAGGAUGUGAUUAAAUACAAAGUAC